AUGAAGAUCUCAUCAUUUGCCAUUCUUGCCUCCAUUGCAUUGACGCAAGCUAAACUGUCAAACCAGCUUCACGCUUUUCUCAAGAGAGCAGAUAGCAGUGACGCUACUUGCGAUUCGCAGGACUGUUACGACGCAGCCCAGAUCUUGGACGACAAAUGUCAAGGCAACAGUGACGUGUCAGAGUCAAAUGUUUUGCAAUGUGUUUGUGACUUGGACGAUGACGAAUACUGGAGCAAAUUGGCAAGCUGUGCUAAAAACUGUGGCGAAGAGGGCUACAAUCCUUCCGAAGACGAUUUGAGAAAAAUUUACUGUAACGCUGCUGAGCGUUAUUCUUCAAUAAUUGAAAACUAUUCAACCUACAGUUACGACGAUGCUCCAUUGGAGACUGAGUCUGAAUUGGCUCAGGACUUGACCGAGUUUGCAGAAGCUACUGGUUCAGUCGACCCAUCUUCAGCCAUUGCAGCUAUCUUGAGCACCUUGUCUGGAUUGUCUAGUUCCACUGCAUCUGCAUCUGCAUCAGGCUCAGGCUCAAGCACCAGAGGUGCAGUUGCUGCUGCUAGUGAAACCAGCUCUAAAGCUUCUUCUGGUUCACAAUCAAAAACCACAUCUUCAUCUGCUUCAGAAUCUUCAUCCGAAUCAUCAUCUGCUGCUGCUGAUUCUAGCUCCACCACUUCAGGAUCAACACAAAAUGUCGGUGCUACAGUUGCAGGUUGUGGUUCAUUGCUCUCUUUGGCUGUUCUUGCCUUGUUGUAG